AUGUGUAGAGUUCAAACCUGUGGUUCCAGUCUUUUCAAACUAACACAAAGUAAGACAACUGACAUCAACAUGGCUGAUUUCGGAGAGAUCCUUAGGAACAUCGGAGAGUUUGGAUUAUUUCAGCAGCUCACUCUGAUCGCACUUUGCUUUCCGAAUCUAUUCUUGUCUUUUAUGUUUGCGAGCUUUAUUUUUAUCGAGUCCGAUCCAGAGCGACACUGCAACACGGACUGGAUCCUCAGAGCUGAUCCUAACCUGACCACAGACGAGCAGCUGAACCUGACUCUUCCCCGGGAGGAGGACGGGACCUUCAGCAGGUGUCGGAUGUUUGUCCCUGUGGACCGGGACAUCGGCUCCAUCAGGGAGUACGGACUCAAUGAGACCUCAGGGUGCCAGAGUGGAUGGGUGUACUACAAUGCACUGUAUGAGGCCACCAUAGUCACUGAUUUCGAUCUCGUCUGUGACAAGGCUAACCUGGUGGAAGUGGCACAAACUGUGUUCUUGGCCGGGAUUCUUAUUGGUUCUUUAACCUUUGGACCUUUUGCUGAAUCGUUUGGACGCAAACGAGCGACUCAAAUUCCACUGGUUAUAAUGUUCAUAUUCACUGUGUCAACAGCACUAUGCCCCAAUAUCUACUUAUAUCUAGUACUGCAGUUCUUCUCUGGAGUCGGGGCUGGAGGAUAUCGAGUCAACUGUAUAAUACUGUCUACAGAGUGGAUCGGGAUGUCCAAAAGAUCAUGGGGAGUGUGUGUGACUCAGCUGUUUGGUGCACUCGGGCAGUGCGUCCUCGCUGGGGUGAUCUACGCGAUCAGAGACUGGAGGCUGGCUCAACUAAUCACAGCCGCUCCGCUCGGAGUGGUAGUUAUCUACAUAUGGUUUAUUCCAGAGUCAGCCAGGUGGUUGUUAAACAGAGGAAGGACAGAAGAGGCUAAACAGCUGAUUGUCAAAGCGGCAGCCAUCAACAAACGUAGUGUUCCAGACUCUCUGCUGGAAAAGAUUGCAGUGAAAGACACUUUGAACACAGGAGGCAUAAAAAUUAUAUUCAGAUCAUCUCUUCUGACCAGAUACUUCUUCACUGUGGCUUUUGCGUGGUUUUCGUUGAACCUUGCCCUCUACUGCCUUUACUUGAACAUGGGAAACUUCGGCUUGAGCAUCUUCGUGACGCAGCUCCUGUUUGGUGCCAUUGAAAUACCAGCUAAUCUAUUUUCCAUGUGGCUGUUGGAGGUUUUUGGGAGAAGAGUAUUAUUCAUAGCAACACUACUGGCUGGAGGACUCUCUUGCAUACUCAUCUUAGCUGUUCCCCAAGGAUAUGCCGUUGCUGUUACAUCUUUAGCUGCUGCCAGUCGUUUUUUCUUGAUCUGGGCUGGUUCUGUAUGUAGUGUCUUUAUGCAGGAAUUGACCCCAACAUCUGUCAGACAAACAGCUACAGCUUUAGGAGCCAUCUCAGGAAGAACAGGUGGAUUACUGGCUCCACUGUUAAACAUCUUGGCCAUGUACCACUGGGUCAUACCCAUCACAGUGUUCAGCAGCCUCACACUGGUCAGCGGAGCUCUCGGCUUCCUGCUUCCUGAGACCAGGAGAAAAGAGCUUCCUGAGACGGCCGAUGAGGCUGAGAACAACAGAAAUUCAACCUCCACAAACACACAGAGUCGUCCAUAUCCAAAUGCAACCAAGCUGUAACACUUAACAUCAUCCAAACACACCAAAAGCAGCCGUAGAAGUCAACAGUGGAAAGUGCUUUUGUUUUCUAAAGCUGUUCCAUUUGUCAUUAACUUGGAAUUUUGACUUUUCAUCAAGUUGUCAAUAAUGAGCAAAUUAAUUAUUUGGUUUCUUUUAGACAGUAUGAUUUAUUCUAGCAGGGAAUACUUUGUAUGUAAACAUGAUAAAAUCAAAUGUUGACAAUAAAAAAAGCAUCAAA